UCUAAGAUGGAGUUGGACUAUCACCAAAAUUACAACCAUGUCAUCCAUGGAUCAUCAUCAUCGUCAGAGUCUCUCUCUCCAACAAAACAGCCAUAUCUCCAUUCUUCUCAUGCCAGUUUCCCAAUCAUAGCAGUUGCCAUUAUUGGAAUCUUUGCCACCAUCUUCCUCCUCGUCUUUUACUACAUCUUCGCCAUUAAAUGCUGCCUUAACUGGCAUCGAAUCGAUAUCCUCCGCCGCUUCUCCCUCUCCCGAAAUAGAGACCACAACCAGCUCCCUCUCGUCCUCCAUCACCCUCCUUCUCCACACUCCAGAGGUCUCCACGAAUCCGUAAUCCGCUCCAUCCCCAUCUUCCAGUUUCAGAAACACACAGAUUCCAGCGAAUGCGCCGUCUGCUUGGUCGAGUUUCAACACAACGAGAAGCUGCGAAUGGUGCCCAACUGCGCCCAUGUCUUUCAUAUCGAUUGCAUCGAUGUCUGGUUGCAAAACAAUCCAAAUUGCCCGCUUUGCCGGAACAGCAUCUCCAUUUCCUUGCAGAACCAUUUUCCGGUACUGGUUCCUCCACCAACUCUGGAUUUCCCGGGCCCAGAUGAAGAUUACGUGGUGAUUGAAUUUGAUGAUGGUGAAGGUAGCACUACAGGUGUUGGUGAGAGGCGAAACAUCUGCGGACGAGAAGACGACAGGCCAAAUUCCGGCGAACCCGUUGCAAUUUCCCCUUUCGGCUCCAGGAAGAAAAUGGAGAAGAAAUUUAGAAAAAAACGUGGUCAUCUUUCAAGCAUGGGAGAUGAGUGCAUUGAUGUUCAUAGCAGAAGAAAGGGUGAUGACCUAUUCUCAAUUCAACCGAUCCGAAGAUCGUUUUCUAUGGAUUCAGCGUCGGAUCGACAGCUUUAUUUGGCAGUUCAAGAAAUCAUUCAAAGGAACACGGUGAAUAAUGUAGAUGUAAGUCAAGUAAGUGAUGGUUGCGGUGGUGGUGGUAGCAGUAGCAGUAGCAGACUUAGAAGAGGCUUCUUUUCAUUUGGGCAUGCAAGAAGUGCAGUGUUACCACUUCAUGUGAAACCAUAAAUUCAGUAUAUGAAUUAUUUCUCUCUUUUUUUGGAAAAUACAUUAUUAGUUGUUGGAUAUAUUUUUGUUGAUUAAUUAUUCAACUUCAAUAUAGUUUUUAUUAAAUUUAUGGGGAAGUGAGUUUGAUUCAUC